GGGAGCGGGCAGGGCUGGACCCUGAGGAUACAGAAGGGAACACUCUGUAUGUGAGCCAAGCUUACUAAAGGGAGGAGGGGUAAAGAGAAGAGCAGCCGCUGGGAGCCCACGCAGAUGCUGGACUGUGCCUGACCCAACGGGUUGGCCAUAUGCAAAUUGCAUGCAAAUCAACAAGUGCACCAGAGGUGCCCUCUGCGCGGGCGGGACCCUCGGAGUCACCUCGGCCUAGCGGUCUAGAGGCCCAGGGGAAGGAGAGACCCCAGCUCACAAGUCCCUUCCUCCAGUCUGGCUCGGAGACAAGGAGGGGCCAGGAGAAAGACCCCGCCGUGCGUGGGAAGGGGUCUGCUCCCUCCAGGCCUGUGUCUGUGCUUGGGGAAGAGCGGGGUCGGGUUACAGCCGCGGGCCUAUAGUUAGCAGGGGACUUUUUUGAUCCUCCAGACACCGGGGUCAGGGCACAGAGCAGCGCCCGCGCGGGAUUUAGCCCCAGCCGCCAGGAACCUUCGGUGCUCCUUCCCGCUCUCGGCCUCCAGUCUCCCCAGGAAUGAUGCUGGCCGCUCUGCUGAUCAUCCUCAGCUGCACCGGUCUCCACACCUUCAGGACUCCAAACCCCGAGGCAGCUCCAGAGGCCCGGAAUGUUUCCCUCCUGAGCCUGGCUCCAGACACCUUCGAUGAUGCCUACGUGGGCUGCUCCGAGUUGAUGGAGGAGAAGGCGGCCCCUCUGCUGGAGGAGGAGAUGGCCCGCCACCCCCAGCUGCGCGAGUCCUGGGGGACAGCCCAGAAGGCCUGGGAGCGCAGGCGCCCGGGGCUCAGCCUGCCUCCCGGCUUCCAAGCCCAGCACGGGAUUGCCAUCAUGGUCUACACCAACUCCUCCAACACCUUGUACCGGGAGCUGAACCGGGCCGUGCGCACGCUCGGCGACUCCCGGGAGUCCUACAUGACUCGCUUCCCCUUCAAGGCCCUGCAUUUCUACCUGACCCGGGGCCUGCAGCUGCUGCAGAGCAGUGGGGGCUGCAGCAGGGGCCCCGGGGAGACGGUGUUCCGAGGCGUGAGCAGCCUUCGCUUUGCACCCAAGGGGCUGGGGGACUCUGUCCGCUUCGGCCAGUUUGCCUCCAGCUCCAAGGAUGAGGCGGUAGCCCGCCGAUUUGGUACUGCCACCUUCUUCUCUCUGAGGACUUGCUUUGGGGCCCCGAUCGAGGCCCUGUCUGUCUUUCCGGACGAGCGCGAGGUGCUGAUCCUCCCCCAUGAAGUCUUCUUCGUCACCAAUUUCUCCCAGCACGGAGCCCAGAACCUAGUGACGCUCUCCAGCGGGAAUCAGCUGUGCAGCUACUUUAACUGUGCCUACCUGGGUGAGAAGAAGAGGCUGGGGUGUGAGCCGGUGCCGCCCCGAGGGCAGGCCAGCUCGCUCUUCAAGGGGGCCUUCCCUCUGCUCGUGGCCUCCUGGGGGUUUCAGCUCUUAGGAGCUGGGCUCUGAAGGUUCCAUGCCUGCCGCUUCGGAGUCCUGGAAACUGGGGAGCUUUAUAUGAAGAAGGGGGCCUUCCAAGAGCCUGGGGAAGCAGGAGCGUUUUGGAGCCAGACCUAGCAGCCAUCUCCCAACCAGGAUGGUGGGGGCUCUGAGGCCGUGGUAGGAUGGAGGGAGCUCCCUGUGUGGUGGGGACUCCCUGGGACAAAUGAAGGCAGUGCUGUGAUGGCCACUCAAUUAAACAAUGUCACAGUGUGGUGACAUCGAA